AUGAAAAAGAAAGACCAAAGUGGAAAAGGAAGGGACACAGUGUGUUGCUUCGCCUCCCCGGCACCGUGGCAGAGCCAGCUCCGGCACACCAGGGAUCCACAUGCCGACUUCCAGGUGGAGAAAAGUAUCAUUCACCCCUUUUGGCCAGCACAGGGAAGUGACGGGUGGUGGACUCUGCCAGCCCGGCUGGCAAGGGCAGGGGAAGGGGGCUCCCGGCUCCAGGCAGGCGCCCUGGGGAACAAGCAGGCCAUCUUCACCAAAGAGAAGCUGGACAACUACCAGGAGAAUCCUUCUGAGGAGAGGAUCGUGGAGGCCUUCUCCGAGGAUGGUGAGGGGAACCUCACCUUCAAAGACUUUGUGGACAUGUUCUCCGUGCUCUGCGAAUCAGCGCCCCGGGAGCUGAAGGCCAACUAUGCCUUCAAGAUCUAUCACUUCAACACUGACAACUUCAUCUGCAAGGAGGACCUGGAACUGACACUGCCUCAGCUCACCAAGUCAGAGCUGGAUGAGGAUGAGGCGGUGCUGGUGUGUGACAAGGUCAUCGAGGAGGCUGACCUGGAUGGUGAAUGCAAACCGGCCUUUGCUGCCUUUGAGGACAUGCUCACCAACGCCCCUGACUUUCUCAGUGCUUCCACAUCCAUAUCUGAGGAGGACCCUGUGGAGGGCCUGGAUGCCUACCAUCUUUAA